AUGUUUCAGAAAGUCCGUCGUCGUUCCCUUCUUCGCGUCAUCGUGCGCAGUCCGUAUUGGAAAUGCUUUAUUUGCACCUUGUUGAUAGGUUUAUGCAUUUUCUAUGCCACUUGGUGCCAUUUCCAUCACAACGCCUACUCAGCGAACAGCGUUUUCAAUAGAUUAUAUCAACACGGAGCAUGUGCUCAAGGGUACAAUUUCAUUCCAAUCGUCUUCGGUGUCAUGCUUUAUGUGGUUUAUCUGAUGGAGUGUUGGCAUUCUCGAACGAGACAUACAAAGAUCAAAAGGGUGAACCUGGACACCGCUGAAGCCUAUCUAAAUCAACUCCGCGACUCGUUGCCAAUUGUUUGGUGGCGCGCCGUUUGCUAUCACUAUUUGCGGAGAACGAGGCAGGUCACACGAUAUCGUAACGGAGACGCGAUCACGGCCACUCAGGUCUACUAUGAGAGGGUGAACUCACACUCGGCCGGCAAUGUUUUCAUCUAUGAUAUUUGUGGAUUAAAGGAUAUAAGCAAGAUGGUCCUUUGUCUCGAGGAUUUCCCGGUGACAAGAGUGAAAAUUGCGAGGGGAUUCGUUUUUGCCUGUAUGCAGGCGGCAAACGAGUUCGAAGAGCAGCGAACACGCUUUUUCAAUGAAAACGAGCUGAAAGAUGACUAUAUGGAGGUUCGCGAGGGAAUGGACAUGGCGAAUCUCGAAUUUGAUGACGAACUCCUUUGCUUCAAGACACAAAAUCCGCCAUGGUUUUUGAGGCCUACGAUCUUCUGGGUGACAUCAUUAUUUCUUUUAUCCUGGCCGUUGAGGAUUUUUGCCGAAUGGAGAACGGCUUUUCUUUCGUUUCAUGUGACAAAACUUUUUGGGACAAAUUAUUUAAGUCCAUCAUCGAUCAACUACACGGGUCCACUUACAAGAACCUCCACAAUGGACACCGCCGAUUUAGAGGCUUUACUGAGGAGAGAGCAAUAUUUCGUUGUUCCAUCGUACUCGCAAGCGAUGCUUAUGAAUCCGGCGAAUGCAAAUGUGGUUCUCAUGGCUCCUUCUCGAACGCCAAACGCAUUCUUUAAUCGUCACGGAAGGCCAUCAAUCAACAAUGAAAAUAUUGUGUUCAGAAAUUACGGAGCUUUGGAAGAGGACGAUCUCGUGGAUGACUUGAGGACACCGCCCAGAAGUCGAAGCUUCAGCUUCUUUAGAGGCUCAACAAGAGGCCCACAAAGAGCUGCACCGAUUCGUCUUCCAUCUGCUCGACGAGUGGCUCGGAGUGUCUCCAUUGGAGGGAUUUCACUCACCGGAGCGCCAAGGGGUAGUGAUUCAUACGCAUGGCCGAUAGAUUCAAGCCGAGAUCGAACUCCAUUACUACCGAAUGAGCCUCCACCGCCGUAUGAGGUUGCCCUUCGUAUGUGUGCUCCAUUAUAUGAGCGUCUUCGUCGUUCCUUUUCCGCUCGUCUCAACUCUUUGUCUGGAUCAACAAAAGAACUCAAAAAUAACAAUAACUCAUCGGGAAAUCCU